AUGGACAACAAUAUAUGUGAGCUAUGUGUUCAGAAAAAUCCUGGAGUGCAGUGGACCAUUGGAGGGGUCUCUGUGACCGUGGAGUCUCUUUGUCACGCGGUGCAACAACUGAAAACCCAAUCGUCCAACUUCUCCUGGGCAGCUGUUUCUCGAGCACUUGGACUGUCGAAAUCAGCGACCUCUGCCUCCUCUAUGCUGAAAAAAAAGUAUCAGCAAUAUAUUCAGCCGUAUGAGUCUCUUUCAGCGCUCGCUGCCCUGCAUACCCCAACCAACCCUUCAGUAUCUUAUCUAGAGCGACGAUCUAUGAGUGCCAAGCUGUCCGACAAGCUUGCAACUAUACCGGACAUCCUUUUUACACAGAAGAAAGAGGAGACAUUAUGUCUGCAAGCUCUACGAAACCUACAGUUCCAAGUCGUGAAGAAGCCUGGCGAACAGGCAGUAGGCAACAUGGACUACCCACAGCAGAUUGUGGAACUUUACAAUGAGUCUCAGCCAUUUACAAAUAAGUUGCUUGCAGAUCUUUUAGAGCGACUUGACGAGGUAGUAAGUCUUACAAUUGGCCCUCUGACCUAUUUGACAACUGUUCCAGACUUCCGACUCCUUCAUCAGUCGUUGCAGAGACUGAUUCUUUAUGACCUUCCUUCUCAUCUCGUUGAGAAAGUCCAUGAUAUGGCCGUUGAGUUCCUCCCAAGGCUCCACACCCUCUCGAUACUGGCCACUAGUUGCCAUAUGAUUGCACCCUCUUGUGACGAGGAUGGAGCAGGGAGUUUCCAAGGCCCACCAUUUCUGACUGAGACGGCAAUCUGGUAG